CUCGAAGACUGAGAUAAACCCUAAGCUUAAGCAGCUUAAGGCUUCUCACUCACUCUAUUCUUUUGCAUCAGAAGAAAAGAGAACCGAGAUAAUCAACAUGGCGGCGGCUUCUUACGACUAUGAAGAUGCUGCUGGUGCAGGCGGCUAUUCGCAACACCCUAUUCAGGCUGAUACGUACGAUCCCAGUUUCGUUCCCGACUCUGUGAAGUCAUUCGUUGUUCACCUCUAUAGACACAUCAGAGAGAAGAAUGUCUACGAGAUCCACCAGAUGUACGAGACCUCGUUCCAAACUCUCAGUGACCGAAUGUUCAAGGAGACUCCUUGGCCGUCUGUCGAAGCCGUUGCUCCAUACGUUGAUAACGACCACGUGUUUUGUCUGCUUUACCGUGAGAUGUGGUUCCGACACCUCUAUGCUCGAUUGUCGCCUACUCUUAAGCAGAGGAUUGAUUCUUGGGACAAUUACUGCAAUCUAUUCCAGGUUGUUUUGCACGGAGUUGUGAAUAUGCAGUUGCCAAACCAGUGGCUGUGGGAUAUGGUCGAUGAAUUUGUUUACCAGUUCCAGUCAUUCUGUCAGUACCGGGCUAAGAUGAAGAGCAAGACUGAGCAAGAGGUUGAGCUUCUGAAGCAGUAUGAUCAGGCUUGGAAUGUGUACGGCGUUCUCAAUUUUCUGCAAGCUCUUGUGGAGAAAUCCACCAUCAUCCAAAUUCUAGAGCAAGAGAAGGAGGAAGGCCAAGAACAAUUCACCGCCACUGAUGGAUAUGAUUACACUGGUGGAAGCAAUGUGCUAAAAGUGUUGGGAUAUUUUAGUUUGAUAGGCUUGUUGCGUGUCCAUUGUUUGUUGGGGGAUUAUCACACUGGCCUUAAAUGUUUACUUCCAAUUGACAUCAGUCAACAAGGUGUCUACACCAGUGUUAUUGGAAGCCACAUCGCCACCAUAUAUCAUUAUGGCUUCGCCAAUCUUAUGAUGCGAAGGUAUGUAGAUGCAAUUCGUGAAUUCAACAAGAUCCUUUUGUACAUCUUCAAGACUAAACAGUACCAUCAGAAAUCUCCCCAGUACGAGCAGAUACUGAAAAAGAACGAGCAGAUGUAUGCAUUGCUUUCCCUUGGCCUCUCUCUUUGUCCCCAAGUGAAGCUUGUGGAGGAGACUGUGAACUCUCAAUUGCGAGAGAAGUAUGGGGAGAAAACGUUGAGAAUGCAGAGAUAUGAUGAUGAUGCAUUUGCUCUCUACGAUGAGCUCUUCUCCUACGCAUGCCCCAAAUUUAUUACUCCUUCCGUACCUAGCUUUGAUGAGCCACUUGUGAACUACAACCAGGAUGCAUAUAGGCUUCAAUUGAAGCUAUUUCUGUAUGAAGUGAAGCAGCAACAAUUGUUAUCAGGAGUACGGACCUUCUUGAAAAUGUACUCAACCAUCUCCCUUGGAAAGCUUGCCACAUACCUUGAAGUGGAUGAUCCAACACUGAGGACAAUUUUAAUGACUUAUAAACACAAAACACAUGCUGUGGAUCCUACUGGGAAAGUCAUUUCCAUUGCAGACUUGGAUUUCUACGUUGUUGAUGAUAUCAUUCAUGUCAUUGAAUCAAGACCAGCAAAGCGAUAUGGUGAUUACUUUUUGAGGCAGAUAGUGAAGCUUGAAGGAGUAAUGACAGAAUUAGACAGAAUAAAGGUGGAAUGAGGCUGGUGUUUCUUCUUCUUCAUUCAUGGUAGAUUUUUGUUUCUCAUGCCCCAUUUGUGUUGGUUCGAUACUGAUGGAUGGAUGGAUAGAUAGAUGGACAGCAGUUGGUUGAUGCUAAUGAAGUUCGAAUUCCUUCCCUAAACUAAACCUUAUUAUGAAGUUAUUCAGUUUUGCUUUCCUUGUCUAAUAACAAAGGAUUCUUCUUGUUUUUCGUUAAUGCCCCUGCUGAUCAUGAUAU